UAAAGACAUUGUUUUCUUCAGGGUUGAGGAAGAGUGUCAAAAAGUGUUGAUAUUUUCUCACCAUUAUUGUUGAAGUACAUCAUUAAGGUAACAAGUACUGGUGGCUGGAUGGUUCAAGCUGGAGGUGGCGGUGGCGGCGGCCGUGUGGGAGUAGAUGGAAACAUUCUCUCGCCACUUGCUUCACCGGAGACCCUCGAAGCUGUGGCCCAGAUGAUCUCACAAGAGCUUCUGGAUGAUACCAUUUUAAAUGUUGUGUUUGAGAUUCACCAGAGUGUCAAGACAGGGCUGAUGGUGUUGGAACUUGGCACAGUGGAAGAAGAACACAAAUUUUUGCAGGUGAAUGCUGAGGGGCUAGAUGUGUUUGGCCAGGCACCCAUUAAGAAGCAGCAUGAGUGUAUUUGCCCAAGCUGCUCGAGGAACCUGGCAGCAUCAAGAUUUGCACCACACCUUGAGAAGUGUAUGGGGAUGGGCAGAAACUCUUCACGUAUAGCUAGUAGACGUAUUCAGAACUCGACCAAAGAAAACACACACAACCACACCGGAGGGAGCGACGACGACGACGACGACGACUGGGUCAGCGACCGUAAACGCAAGAAACGUGACAAGAACUCCCCUCGUAGAUCUAAGAAUGCAAAGAUUAAGUCUGAUAGUGUAUCAUCAAGUAGCAGUGUUGAAAGUACAUUGGCAUCAGGAACAACAGAGGAGAAGCGUGCCAUGCUGAAGCAAAUUUGUGGGGUCAUAUCUGAACACACACAUAAAAUGUGCACUCGUUCCUUGCGGUGUCCUCAACACAGUAAUGAACAGAGGCAAGCUGUCAGAGAUCAGGUGCUCAAUGGGUCCAGCACAGAGACUACAACCCGGGCAGCAGAUUCAACCAGUCGUGGUCUGGGCGAUACAGAGGACAUCCACGUGGACAUAGACGGUCUGGACGACGGACAGCUGGCUUCGUCGUGGGAUAACGACCACUCUAACACCACGUCUCCCGCUGACUCUACCUCCACAAAUAACUCUACGUCCUCUUUAGCAAAACGGAGUGGAAGCAAAAGCAAGAAGAAAUCUUCGUCAAAAUCUUCCAAAAGCUCCAGUAGCAGCCAUGGGUCAUUACUAGACUGAGUUAGUAAUGACCAUGUUCAACACAUAGUUUUUGUUUUUUAGUGAGGUAAUACUUAUGUUGACCAAAAAUGGAUACAAAUCUAACAUUUAACAAUGGACAUGUUUGUUUAUUCAGAACAUGUGCAGUAAGUGAUCUAAAAAACUGAUGCUGUUGUAACUUAUUUUAUUGUGUAUGUAUCAGGAUUAUAGUUUGUCCCAGUCAUCUGGCUCCAUAGUGUGUUACCAUAACAUCAGUGUGAUGUUCAAAUUGUAUGCCAUGUAAUAUUGUUUUUAUCACUGGAAGUAUGAGAUUCUUUUAUUUCAUGUUUUGGGUAAGCUGUAGGGAAAAACACACCAACUGACUCAUGCCCACCAUCCAUGACAGGACCAGUUCUACAUUUCCUUGGAAUGUGUAAUUACUUUUUUAUUACUGCUUAUCAAAAAUAUACACACAAAAAGUAUAUAUAUAUAUAAAAUCAAUUCCAAAGAUAAAACAAAUUGCAUGGUCUACAGUUAUAACACUUAUUAACAAUGUUGAAACACUAUGAGGCCAGAUUUAUGGGAUAUUCUGUAUAUAUGCCUGUAUGAUAUUCAUAUGAUUUAGUAUUAGCCAAGGUAUAUGGAGGCAGUUGCAGCUGUUAUAGGAAAAGUCGGGGUACACAGUGAUGAAGUGACCAAGAAUUUGUAAAAGCAAAGAAUUUACUGUAGCAUAUUAAUACUGACUGAAUAUGCAUAAGGCCAAGAGUUUAAUACUGUAUAUAUGCUGAUUGCAGGUCAAAUGGACUCCAGUCCUAAAUGGUACAAACCUAACCAGACCUAAUUGAUGGGAUUGGGGUCUUUAGUUUUGGGCCCCAAUCCUAAUUUUUAGGUAAGGUUAGUUUUGGUCUUAAUAGGACUGGAAUUCGUCUGACCAGUAACUGAAAUUCAGAACUUGGUAAAAUACUACAGUGGUGAAUGAGUCACUCACCUGGCUGUAUGUGGUUGACACUUAUCAACAGAUGAUCUUAGAGCUGUACUUGAACGUCUACAUCCAGUAGUAUCUUGCAGAGCGGAUUUUAUGGCCUGUGGGUCAUCCGUCAAGUGACCUGUGAGACGACCGACACAAUACUGCAGAUAAAUCUUGCCUUGUUCAGGGAGCUGUCUAUUUUCUUAAGGGCAGGUUCAUGGUUUGAUUAUAUAAAUGCAAGGCUUUAUAAACUACUUCAUGUCCAGUCAAACAAAGUUGUUUUAAUCUAGCUUUAGCCUUUGCUCAGUGGUUGGCUCAAAACCUGCCAAGUCAAUAGGUGCACCAGAAUGAACCCAUAGCUAUUGAAUGUUUUACUUCCCUCUGAAAUAAAAGAUUACAGUUCCAACCUUGACAUACACAGUACAGUGCAUCCAUCAUGGGAUAAAAGUCAAUUAAUCUUGGAAAGAACAUCAGGAUUUUAUUAUUCACAAUGGAAUUCAAAUUUCAUAUGAUGAUGUCUUAUUAAUAUAAGUUUCUGAAGAGACUUUUGUAUUUACUAUUUCUUUUUCUUCUUUUUCCAAAGUUGGUAGAUGGAUGUGCAUUGAUCCUAACUUGACUGUGGCAGAUUUGCUUUGAGAUAGGGUUUUAUUUCAUGAGGAAAUUUCUUGGAUAAAAUUUGUUUCCUUAAAACUAACAGAUAGUAUUGUUGUCCUCAUUCCUGACAGAGUUCUUCACUGUCUCCUGUGAGCUGUGUUCUAGUGACUACACUCCUUCCUGAAAGUCUGUUUUCUCUUCCUUAAUUUCAGUGGUACACAAGAAGCUUCAAGGAGAUCGUUAUCCUUAUAAUUCUUUACUAAUUCCCCCCUGAAGUUAAGUUUUUAUCUUCCCCCAAAAACUUUGGCAUGAAAUUUUUCUUAAAGGUCUUCAUUACAAUGAUUUUUGUCUGCAUGAUAUGAGGCAGGUGAUCUGGUAACACUGUAGGAGAAGAGUUGACAGAUAUGCUUUAAAUGGCCAGUGAUUUUAGUUAUUUAAGAUUUAGUAUCAAUAUGUAAAAUGUUUGAAAAAAGGUUAUUAAGAAAUGUAUGACAUUGCUUUAUAAUGAAUGCAUCCUAAAGCAUGAAAAAUACUUGUUGGCAUCAGAGGUCAAUUAAUCCCAUAUGUCUGGUUCCCAUUAUAAUCAUCCAGCAGCAAUGUCAUAUAUUUCUCAAUAACAUUAUUUCUCCACAUUUUACAUAUUGAUACUAAUUAGUUAUACACUAAAAUAUAUUCUUAGGCAAUUUCCAAUCGUAAAUCUUAAAUAACUAGCCAUAUAAAGUGUUAUGAAGGGAAGCACUGGGAGGCUUUAUUCAACAUCAGUAGCCAUAGAUCUGUAAUGAACACAAUAAAGAGGAAUUACAUAUUAAGAAUGAGUAAAGCUUCAAGUAACAGAAUUGGCUUAACACAAAUAAACAUAAGAGAACUUCAAACAAUAUAUUCUAGAGCACUUAACCAACUAAGCAUAACACAUCAUAAAGCAUAUCUGUCAAGUAAUCCCCAUACAGUGUUACCAGAUCACCUGUUUCAUAACAUACAGACGAACUUCUCUUCUUGACUGUACCUUUGAACAAUUUGAACUUCACUAUUUUAUCAAAUGAUAAGCAUAGAUUGUUUAGCCUCUUUAUAUUAAAUUACAAUACAUUGCGUUGAUAAAUGGUAUAUGGCCUUUUGUUUCUUUAUCUAAGUUUCACCAUUUUCAGUGACACUCUUAUCUCUCUCAGUUGAAGCUCAAGUGAGACAUUAUCAGUGGAAGUUAGUUCUAUGGAUGGCAGCCAUCAUCAGUGGACAUUUUUAACAUAUUGGGGUAAUUGGGAAAUCCUUAGCCACCAUUUAAAGGUUAAUGGGAUGGGUUCUGAUAAAUGUCACUAGAUAUUCUUUACCUUUGUAUUUUAAUUUCAUUAUUCUGACUUGUAACCUUUAUUAUCACUAUUUUUCUUCAAUAUACAAAGUUGCUGAAUUAGUGAAUUUGGGGGGACUUUGGAUCCUUUAUUUAGGUGAUUAUUUUCCAUUACAAUUUCUUUCUGAUGGAACUUUCAUGUGACAAAAGGUGUGUCUCUCUCCACUGACAUGUUACUCUAAUUCCACAUAAAACAUUCCCUGAGCAGUAAAUGUCUUGGGAAACCAUUCCUUGCUUGUUUAUUGACUUUUGUGUGUGACAUUAUGGAAGUCUGGUGGUCUAUUGAUCUCCGUGCUUUAACCCUUUAACUGCUCAUUGUGUCAAUGGGAUUCAUCCUCGUUUGCAUAUUUUGAGGAUAUUCAUAGUUCUCAAAAUACAAUAAUGAACAUAACAACACUUACAUAUGAAUGAGAAUAAAUAAAUACAGGGUAUAAAAGUUGAAUAGUGUGCCACAGAGGAGUGAAGUGAUUUAGCGUGGGAUGUCCCAUACUGGGGUGGGGGGCCCGGACUCCAGGCCACUACCCUCCCUCCCGGCGGGAACGAGGGUAUUGGUAGUGGUGGGAUGUGGACUGGAGGCGACAGGACAUAUGCAUCAAUUUUCUAUGACUAAAUUAUAUGGGUAGCUUUACUUUUCUUCAACAAUUAUUUAAAAGACUAAUUAGUGUAGUAUAUUGUUAUAUGGGGAUAUAUUUUACUAUAGUCAUUAUACUGAAAAAGGCACACACAUUUCACCACUAUUAGAAUACUAUAAAAUCUUGUACUUUUAUAAUGUGUGGGUGGCUUGGGACAUUGGUUCGUGAGUGGCUAAGGCCUCGGGAGCACCAAGUGUUUGAAAAAUUGGCGCACACAUCUUGAUCCCUGAUAGGGGACAGGAGCAGUUAGAAGGUUAAGAGAGUUCAUGGAUCUGUUUUCAAAACUCUUAGAGAUUUUAAUCUUGGCUUCUUUUUUUUUUCAAUCUCAGAACAUAAAGAGAACCUUUAGAUUUUUGUUGGGAAUAUUGUAUCUCAGUAUUUCUUUCUAGUCUCGGCUUCUUACGAGAACUCUUUCGUCAUUUGUAAUUAGUAAAUAUAUAUUUUCCUCAUCUCUCUUAACACUAGUACAGUAUUAUACAUGACAUAGUCUACUGUACUGAGCUUUUUGUGUUUCUAGAUAUAUUUAAUUACAAGUACUAUGUAUGCACAGUAUAUUGAUUGAAGGGGUUGUUGUGAGUUAUGAAUCUUGUAUUAGACUGAGGCAAUAACAAGUACCAUACUUAAUAACACCUUAAGUGAACACUUACUGGGUUGCCUUAAGUACAGUAUCUUUCCUGACGUGAAACUUUCUACUACACCCCUUCCUAACCGGUUAGGAUUGUGCAGGUCACAUCCUGAAUGACUCAUAGGCCAUAAAACAAAAGAUUGAAUUAUGAAAUCCUAUUUUAUAGCUGAGGGAGAGGUUUGUGUGACUUGGCAUUCUUUCUUUCUCCCUUGAUAGGCUUUGUUAUUGGCAGGAAAAUGGAAGAUAUCUCGUCUGACUCUCAUGUUUACGACUCGGGAGUUCAAGUUUAUCUCCGUGUAACUUUUGGCUUUCUGGUGUUCAGAAUAGUCACCAAGUCAAGGUCAUAACUUUCUUCAUAAAUAUGUUUUGACUAGAUGAAUAGCUGUUUCUAUAGCCUUGUGCUGAUCUCAUGGGCUGUGUACCUACCUCAAGAACUCAGAAAGUCCCCUGAAUAAGGCAAUCUCUCUCAGGGAUUUGUUUGGUGGGUGGUAUUGAAGGUCACUUGACUCUUCUAUUCAGCCAUAAAUAUGAUUUUAUCCUUCACUCAUUAAUUUAUUAUAAGGUUCACUUUUAUAAGUACCUGUACUAUAUGGCUUUUGGAUACUUUUGGAAUAUGCUUGACUUUUCUCUAUUUAUAAUUUGUUUUUUAGUUCUUUCAUGGAUGUGCUCCUCCUUUGAGACUGAUAUGUUAUUCAUGCUGUUUGAGUGGCUAUUUUUUGUGUGAUUUUAGUCAUUUGAAAUUUGACAUAAUAAUGGUGUUACAAUCUCUCUUAUUACACAUUAUAUAUUGUUUAAACAUUCAUUUAGUUAUAAUGGUACUGUACAAAACAUUUAUUAAAAAUCACUUGGUUACACAUCAGUGCCCCAACGCCUGGAACAUGAACCCAGCAGAUACAGUAUUGGUGUUAUUCUCAGUGAUGUCAUGUUAUAUAUACCUGAUUAUGUACUUAACCUUGAUCAAUCUUAUUAUUUACAGUUUGUAUUUUUGUUUUGUUUAUUAGUUUAGGUGUUGUGCCAGGAGACAUGUUGGGGUAGAUAGAGCAGAGGUUGGUGUUGUCUAGUGAGGAAAAGGUUAUUUAUGUGUAAAAAAAAAAAAAAGUUAAUGAAACAAGAACAAAAUUCUUUGGCUUCUAGUGUUAAUGGGAAAGUAGUUGCAGCAAGAUCCACCUGUAAUGGUCUAGAGUGUGGUUAUAUAGAUAUGAAUGAAACAAUAUCCAGUAACAGGUAGUUUAGUGAUCAGGUGAGUAUAUUUAUCCUGGACCGAUUGUUAAAGUAGGUGUAUUUAUCACCUUAGGUGUUCAUUUGCAUGAUGGUUCAUGCAGCAGUAGUCAUUAUAACCGUCAGUGUUGUGUGUUUUUCGUGAUGGUAGUGUCUUGGUCAGGAGUAAGCAAGGUAGCUCAGGUUUUGCAGAGUUGAGGGACCAGCUGAAUGUGUACUGUAGUUUUAAUAGCACACCCAGCACCUUGCAUGCAAGGAUUAGACUGUCUUCUAAUAUAGUUCAUAUGCCCAAUAAUUAUGAUAUCUUGCAUUAUAAUCAUUGCUGAUAUUUUUGCUCAUUGAGCUGUCAAUUGUGUAGAUGUUUCAGAAUAUGUAUAGGAAGGAUUAACUCAGAUUUUUCUUAAUUUUUUUUCAGGACACUAUUGACUUUUGUUGAACAUUGCAUUGUAUUUAGGAUUUUUAUAAUGAUUGAUGACAUUGUUUAGCAACAUAAUUUUAGGUCACAGCUUAUCUGUUGUGGAUAAGAGUCCAGCUGCAAGUAUAUUUGACAAAGUUUCUCAACAGUUUCAAGAUAAACACCAUGGUAAGGUGAAAACAGUCAUUGAGAGGCUAGGUUUAACACAGUGUGCGGCAACCCAAACUUAGCAGUCUACCUAUUAAGGUAAUCAAAGCUGUAGUAUCAUUUACUUGGAACAUAACUUUGUAAUUUAUUGUGUUCAUAACCUGUAAGCUUACUAGAGGUUCAGACGGUCACUAACAUCUCGGACUUUCUCUGUCGGCAGGUACUGGACAUGUAAAGAAUGUACAGUAGCUGAGCAUGUAUCACUUAUAGUCUAACUUGGAUUUAAACCAGUGGUGGCACAUGUACAGAUACAGUUCAAGAGCCUGUGAGUAUUAUUUUGUCCUCAAUAUAAAUGAAUCUGUUAGUAUAUUAUCCUGCAAAUAAGGAUCAAUGUUUUUUAUAUAAUGGCUCUUAGUAACUGCAUCUGAAGUAAGCACUUGUUAGUUCAGUAUAUCCCUAUUAAGAAUGAGGGGUACGUUACUGGAGUCAUAGGUCCUAUGGUUCUCAGUCCUAUUUGAACAUAACCUAACCAUUAGAAUUGGGUUCCCUUAGGAGUAAGAUCCCCUAGGACUGAGGCCCAUUAGGACAGGACACCCAAUCCCAGGUCAGGGUCUAUUAGGACUAAAGCUCACUCGAUCGUUUACCAUUUGUGUUAGAUAAAACAGGAUCAGACACCGUAAGUGGCUUCAGUUCUGUACAUAUUAGUGCCUCAGUUUUCUUAAUCCAUUUUAACAUGGGCUUUUGUUCUUAUGUAGCAAGUGGUUAAAGUUUUGUACUUUUUCCCUCUUGCCAAACCUACCGUAGCCAAAGUAUUUUCUUACAUGAUGUAAAGUUAUGGUCAGUUUGUAUGGAUGAAAUAGAAUCAUCAAUGAUUUAAUCUACUUUGAUUACAGGAACUUGUACUGUAUCACAAAUACUUCAGAAGAAUUAUAAGAAACUUUUGUCAAGUUUUUUAUUGUCAUGUUCUCUUCACCAUGCUUGUGAAAUAUGAUUUGUUUUUUGGGAAACCUAUUUGUGCCACUGUUUAAUAGAGCUUUUGUAUUAAAUUUCUAAAUUAUUCUGUAUUGUUGCUUUUAGAAAUAUAGGAAGAAAUAUUGACAAACAGUUUUACACACUAACUAAUGUAAUGGUUGAACAAUCCAAUUAAAAAACUAUCAUGAAAAGUU